AUGUAUGAGCGUGUUCUCAAUGAGGGGCAGAUUGCAACUGAUAUUGUUGACGCUAUUCGCUCAACCACAGAUGCCCCUCUAAGUUCGUGUAUAGAAGCAGCAAGGAAUUGUAUUGCAGUUAUGGCACCAUUCAUCCAAGGAGAUUCGUUUUUGCGAAUUCAAGAGGCAGUGAACUCUUACACUGUAAAAGUCGACGAUUGCUAUGACUAUCGGCUCCUUACGGAGAUGAAGGAACUGUUGGAGCAGAUAUUCAAAGAAAAAUAUGAGCUCAGCUUCUCAACUGAACAGGACGAUGACAUCCUAUUGAAAUAUCUUCAAAUGUUUGCUUCCGGUGUGACAAAAACGGAUCCCCUAGUUGUAAAGUAUCUUAUUUCGAUGGAUGAUUUCCAAUGGAUGGACCAUCUUAUUAAUGUAUAUCACAUGGAUCAGAAUAACGCAGUUAGAUUGGCUAGUUUACGUUGCAUAGUUUCUCUGGUGGAUGUGUGCUCCGAUCUACUUACAUAUAUCCUCAACUCACGACUACCAGAAAUUGUGGCUACACAGUUUCAAUCGGAAGAUUCUAGUUUGUCAGAGUUAGAAUUAACAGCAAUAAAGCUACUGACUAAAAUAUAUUCUACAGAGGAGACACCUCCAUUACAUCACUUUGAGAUCUUCGAUGUCUCCAUGUUUAUGAAAUUAUUGAACCACAUUCAAGUGCAUCCCUCUGAAAUAAUGGAUUUCAUCGUGAAUUUUAAUGGGAUUUUGGGAGAUAACCAGCGAAAUACAAUUGUUGCGGCUCUUAUCGAGAAUCCGUGUCCAUUCCUGGGACAACUGCUCGUGAAAGUUGUGAACGAUCAAACGACUGGGAGACGACUUAAGCUGUUGAAAGACAUAAUUGCACAAGAAAACUUAUACAGCCAACUUUUCUAUAGAAACGACCUUGACGUUUUAUCGCAUAUUUUAGCAAGAGAGUUAAUAAAUUCGGAGAACAAAACGAUCAGAUCUCAGUGCAUGGAAUGCAUUUCUCGCCUAGCAGAAAUGGGUCACUGCGACGAAAGAGUACGAGAAGCAGUGGAAAAUAGCAAUUUCAACGAUGACUUACGCUCCAAAACGCUAGCCGUUAUAGAAAAGAACAUGUAUAGUGGACAGAAUAAAGGUUGA